AUGAGAGCACCCUACUCUCUGUCCUGCCUCUUCCUCCUGAGCCUGGGGUCCUGCUUCCCCCUCCAGGAGCACCAGGAGCUGGGAGACCCCAGGGACGGGACCCCCAUCAAGCCCCAUUGGCAAGCAGUGGCCGAGGACUUGGGUGCCAAGCAGAGGCAGAGCCAGGAGCUGAGCACGCUGCUGGGCAUCGCCUGGAGGCUACGGCCCAGGGGCUAUGGCCAGGGGGGCAGCGGGCAGCGACAGGGCAGGCAGGGGGGGUCCGAGCUGCUGCCGGCGGGAGGGGAGGAGCGCAGCGGCACGCUGGGGAGUCUGGCUGAGGGGGUCAGCGGCUACAACAGGAAAAAAGGGGGCUUCACCUUCCGCUUUGGGAGAUGA